AUGGCACGCAACUUGAUGAAGGCCGGCCACGAGGCGCCCGGCGCGGGCGCGCGACCUGGGUCGCUGGUGCGGAGCGGAGUGGUGGGCUUCGAUGUGUCUGCCUCCAACCUGGCCGCCUUUGCCGACGCCGGUGGUCGACCCUUGGAGUGGUCUCCGUUGGCUGUGGCCUCCGUGGCCAAGACCGUGGUCACCAUGCUGCCCCAGGGAAGUCACGUCUUAGAGGCGGAGAAUGGAUCGUUGCUGAUCGACUGCUCCACCUGCGAGCCGGCGAUCGGGCAGCAGGCGUUUCAGCUGUGGAUGCUCCUGUGUCUGGAGGGACACCAGCAGCAGAGCAGGCGGAUGUGGAGCGCGGACGGAAGCGGAUUCCGCCAGCUGCAGAUGUGGAACCGGGUGGUUUCAGUUGGCAAAAUGGAGGUGGAUGAGGACAAGUUUUCCAGAGAAUCCUUUUCAGUCGUGUACUGUGGUGAUGCCGGCAUGGGUCAGGCCGCCAAGCUGUGUAACAACCUGGUGCUGGGCAUCACUAUGGCCGGUGUUUGUGAGGGCCAUGCUCUGGCGGAGCGCUUGGGCCUUGAUCAGAAGAAGCUGGCGGAGAUCCUGAACACGAGCUCUGGCAGGUUCCUGCAGCUCGAGGGUACACCGGAGGCUUUGCCUGACCUGGGUCUGGCGACGGGCGCUGCCCUGGCAUCCAAACCCAAGUUGGGCUUACCGAUGGGAGGCUUGGCCCUCCAAAUGUACUCGCAGAUGAGUGCUCGAGGUGAUGGAACGAAGGCAGGUGAAAACCCAGCGCUGGCGAUUUCUCGGGGCUCUUCCUACAUAUUUCUGAGAAGAAAGAAUAGGUGCCCUCUGAAGGCGUUGAACCAUGUGACCUGCAAGCCAAUGGCUCUGAGCACUUCCUUCCCCCGCUGGAGCAGCGGCCGCGACGCGUGGCUUCUACCAGCAGGUGUCGCCCUGGGGGCCGUGGCCGUGGUUCUGCUGCGCCGCUGGCAAAACUCCUGGCGAUUCGUGGGGCGAAGGUCCGACUUCACCGAGGGGCCUUGCGGCUGGGAGAUCCUUCCCUUCGACUCGGAGGGCCAUGAAGCUUGCGUGCUGCACCGGAAUGGUCAAUGGCUUGCUUUCAAUCGAAGCUGUCCACAUGCGGGGAUUGAUCUCAUCGUCGGUGGUGACAUCGAGGACUUGUCGGAGCUGGAUGCCGGGGUGGUGAUUGCUUGCCCGGCUCAUACCUACCUCUUCGACCCAAUCCAUGGCACCUGCCUUUGGGAUGCAACCAGAGGGCUGCCAGAGACGCCUCCUUUGCAAACCUACGAGGUCUAUGAGCGAUGUGCACGGAUUUGGGUUCGGCCGAGAGAGAAACCAAAGCCCGUCUCCAAAGAAGACUGGGAUCAGGUUCCAGAAAAUAGAUCCUCAGGGCCCAGGAUCAAGAUCCUCAGCGGGCUCGAGCAGAUGCACUUCAACUUGCGGCUGUUGACAAAGCGCUGGCCAGAAAGUUCCCCGAUUGAUGCGUGAUGGAUGGGAGUGCGUGCUGUUCGCUCGACUGUUCAUUCGAAA